GCAUUUUGCAAACAAACUCAAUCUGCUUUGCAAAGGAAAACUCAACUCGCAAACAAACUCGAUCUGCUUUGCAAAGGAAAACUCAACUCGCAAACAAACUCGAUCUGCUUUGCAAAGGAAAACUCAACUCGCAAACAAACAGAAAGCAAUAUUUCACAAAUAUAUACAAACCAUCCUACAAAUUGCAUGUAACCUUUGAACAAAUACCAAACCUAGUGCAUACAAAUGCAUACCUGACUGUUACGAGUGUGAGACAGUUGUCUUUUUAUGACAUCUCUCGGCUCUAUUUUCUCACAAAUGCAUCAAGGCAGAUUUUCUCACAAAUGCAUCGAGGCAUAUUUUCUCACAAAUGCAUCGAGGCAUAUUUUCUCACAAAUGCAGUUGAGCAACUUCCUCUUCCAAAACAGCAGAUGGCGCUAAGGGGAUCAGUUUAGCACUAUUCUCCCGGGAGAAGCACUGCUCUCCAUCACAGUAGGGGGCGGUAUGCACCUUCAAAGUUGGUUCGCAACCCGCUAUAAAACCAAAAGAAGAAGAAGGAGCAGCACUGCUUUGAAAGUGAAACGCGUGCUUAUAACAGCCGAGGAAAAUGAGCGGUGAACAGCCAGAGUAUGCACUCAUUGAAAGUGCAGCAAGAAACUUGCUGUCACUCAUAACGGCAACAGCUGGUCAGGAACAGGUUCAGGGUCAGAGCCAAUCCCGGGGUCUGACUCUAAAUCCGCCUGAAUCCCGGGGUCUGACUCUAAAUCCGCCUGAAUCCCGGGGUCUGACUCUAAAUCCGCCUGGCAGUCAAAAUCCGGGAUUGAGACAGCCCAGCAUUCAUCAAGAGAUGACUAGGUCCUUUCCUAGUAUGUUUAGGAAAGAAAGAACCAGCUCCAAACGCAAAUUUCCUACUUCAGUGACAAAAGCUGUUGUAGCCCCCACAAAGCAUACUAGUCUGCAGUUUUACUUACUCCCAGCACCAACAGAUAGGACCCCACAAGGAUCUCAAGAACUUAAAUUGCUAAUGGCAGGGUUAGGUAAACGCCAUAUUUCUUUACCAGAUAACAGCAACCAUGCAGAGAUUACAGCAUCUCUGGCAGUUGAAUAUCCUAAAUUGGAGAACUUAAUUGGUGGAUGGCUUUUAUACAAGGCGUCUGGUGGAAGUGGCCAGAGGAAAUUGACAGUGAUCCCACCAGAAUCAGAGGGCUACACAGCAAAGCUACUUAAGAGCUCAACUAAUAAUGGAAGGCAUAUGCUUUUCAUUGUUCCCCUUCAGGAUGAAAUUGAUAUUUCACCACUUCCUUUUGAUGCCCCAGAGUUCAGCAAAAUGCCAAAAUCACAAUGCAAGACAUGUGGUGAAACUUUGCCAUUACAAGCUCUAGCUUUGCAUGUAGAGUCAUGUAGCAAGCCAGACAGUGACCAAGAGGCAGAAGAAGAAUCAAGUGAUUGCUUGGAAGCAAGUACACAGAUUGUCUCUUCCCCUGAAACAUCUUUUAAAAGUGAUCUUACCAAUAAAGAAGACCAAUCCGCCACAAGUAAAAGGUGCCCAAUAUGCCAAGUUAUGUUCCCUGCUGGUUAUAUCGAGAUUCAUGCCAGUGCUUGUGGAGAAAGUCAGUGUCCUGUUUGGGAUUUGUUAGACAUUGAGACAGUGGAUGUUGACACUGCGGAAGAGGCUGGCCCGUCAGGCAUAGCUUCCCACACUACACCCAACCAUAAUCUAUCAUCUACUUCGUCAGCAUCACUGUCUGAUUUUACUGAUGAAGCAAAGGAUUGGAAAACUGCACCAGGCCCCAUUAAGGCAGCUGAAUUGUACAGGCAAUCUUUAAUCCAAGUUCAUGCAUUUGAGAAACCAUUGUACUUACAUCUUGACCUUACAAGCAGCAUCUCGGACCAAGAAGGCUCUCUCAUUGCUUUUUACAAAGCAUGUAAUGCGAAAUGGGCAUGUCCUCUGAAAACCAGGCUUGAAGGGGAUCCUGCUGUUGGAGAAGGUGUAAACCGUUUUUUAUUUUCAAUGACUACACAGAAACUUAAAUGUGGUUUUCACCUUAACUUUGGAAAUGCUAAUAUUACAAGGAUUUUUGAUGGCGAGCCAGAUCAUCUCGUACCAUCUUCAUCUGGACAUCUGGUGGAUAGUGACCUGUUUCUGAUGGCUGGUAGAAUGAUCGGUCACUGCUUUCUUCAUGGAGGGCCACCCUUGUCAGGACUUAGCCCUGCUGUUGUCCAUGUCAUUUCCGGCGGCAGUGCCGAAACAGCUGUUGUACAGAUUUCAGACUGUCCAGAUUUUGAUUUGCGUCAGAAAAUCGUGCUGCUUGAAGGAGAAUCUGAACUAACACCUGAUGAGAAGGAGAGCAUUAAUGAUUUGUGCUUGUCGUGGGACCUACCUCCAGUGAACAAGGCUAAUCGACGAUGGCUUUAUGAGAGGCUUCUACAUCAUGCGGUUAUCGGACGAACUAUGAGGCAAAUCAAGCAACUUCGAAAAGGACUAAAGGAGACCAUGCUGUGGCCACUACUUUGUCAGCGUCCGGAUGUGCUUCCAGUCAUUUUCCCACGAGAGAAAAAUGAUGUGUUGACCCCAGAGUGUGUCAUAAACAGCAUCAGCUGGCCUUCCAUGGUGGAAAAUGAUGAAGACAACGAUGACGAAUGCUCUUUGGAGGAUAAGAGCCGGGUUGCUGGCUACCUUCGUCAGUUCAUUGAAAGUGCAUCUAGUCAUGACCUGAAGGCCCUCUUUAAGUUCUGGGUCGGUUGGGAGGUUCCCACUACUUCCCUUAAACUGGAGGUAACGAACUGUAACCUACCUAAGGCAUCCACAUGCUUUGAGACGCUACGGCUUCCAUCACGGUAUCAUGACUACCCAGCAUUCAAGAAAGAACUACUUGCCUGCAUCAGUACUGUAGAUACAGGAUUUGGGCUGGUGUAAUUACUGUUAAUUAACAGUACUAGGCCUAUUUGUUGUUUUGUUAACCAUCUAUAUCCAUUAAUUCUAACCAAACGUUGUUCAUGGAUAGUGAGAUGGAAUUGUUUAUAUAAUGUAAAAAAAAUAUUU